AAGACAUCAGAGAACAUGACACAACCGUAGAAGACAUCAGAGAACAUGACACAGCCGUCGAGGACAUCAGAGAACAUGACACAACCGUAGAAGACAUCAGAGAACAUGACAUAACAGUAGAAGAUAUCGGAGAAAAUGACACAGCCGUAGAAGACAUCGGAGAACAUGACACAACCGUGGAAGAUAUCGGAGAACAUGACACAGCCGUAGAGGACAUCAGAGAACAUGACACAACCGUAGAAGACAUCGGAGAACAUGACAUAACAGUAGAAGAUAUCGGAGAACAUGACAAAACAGUAGAAGACAUCGAGAAACAAGACAAAACAGUAGAAGACACCGGUGAACAAGAUAAAUCCCGUGAAAUGGUAUUUGUUGAGGAGGAAGAUGAAGAAAAAUCACGUGACACGGUGUUUGUUGAGGAGGAAAAAGAAACCACGGUUGAGGAAACUGUGAAAGACAUCUGGGAACAGGACAAAUCUCCUGAAAUGGUAUUUUCCGAGGUGGAAAAAGAAAUCACGGUUGGAGAAACCGUAGAAGAAUCACGUGACAUAUUUGAGGAAGCUACGGUUCGGGAAACUGUAGAGGAACAAUUAAAGUCACGUGAAAUUGUAUUUGUUGAGGAAACAGAGGUCACGGUUAAGGAAACUGUAGAAUACACUGAGGAACAAGAGGAAUCCGAUGAUAUUUCUCACACAAUCGAUACCGAAGAGUCGGUUGUUAGACCUUCCAAUAUCAUUGAAGAAGUUGCCUUUAGCACUGACAAAGAGUCUUCAGAUAAUGUUAAAAUUGAGUCUCACUUUGAUGAUUCAUCACGUGAUGCAGUAAUAGCUGAGCAAUUGGAAUCUGAAUCUCUGGAACCUUUCGUUUCAGAGAAUUUGCAGGCAGAGGAUUCCUUAAAGAACACUGAAACAGAUUCAUAUAAUGAAAAAACUAUGCUUCAUGAUGACUACACUGGUGGAUUUAACAUUGCUGAAAAUGCAUCGCACGACAAAAAGAUUUUGAAUGACGAGACGGUGGAAUCUUUAAAUAUAACCUAUACCACAUCAGAACAAAACAUUAAUGUAAUUACACGCAACGUUUCCGAAUCUUUAGAGACUUUUCAGACGGAGAAAGAUAGUGAAACGAAAGCCGAUGAAUGUUUGGGGAACACGGAAGCCGAAACUGAGAUCAUGCAGACUGAGUAUUCUCUAAAGGAGGAUGAGACCGAAAACCAGGCAAUUCCCACCGAAGAACCUUUAGAAAACGUGAAGGCCGAGGUCGAAAUAAUACGGACCGAAGAACCAUUGGAAGAUAUUAAGACAGAGACCGAAAAAUCUCUGAAUGUCGAAGUUGAGACCGAAAUAAUACAGACCAAAGUAUCUUCGGAAAUCGAAACCGAGAUUGAGAUAAGGGGCGAUGAAGUCGAGACUUUACAAACCCAAGAAUCUAUGGAGCAUGUUGAAAAUAAAGUUGAAAGAGAAUUUUUGGAGGAGAAUAAGAAUGAAACCGGAAUGAUGAAAAAUGAGUCUUUGGAGUUUGAAAAUAAUGAAAUCGAGUUCAUAAACAAUUCCGAGUUAGAGAACUUACAGACCCAAAAUUCUUUGGAAUUUGAUGAUUGGGCUGUGGAUUCCUAUGAUCCAUCGGAGAAUGUCGGAACCGUGAAUUUACAGACUCAGGAAUAUCAGAAAAGUGCUGAAAUCGAAACUUUACAAGAUAACGACUCUCAGACCAACGAAGAAAUUGUUGACUCUUCAUCAUUAUCAACCGAAGAAAUAGAAGUCACUCCCGAAACUAUUGUAAAAGAAACAAUUGAUCAAGUCUCACAAAAUGAGGAAACCUUAUCUCAUGAACAUUCACACCUUGAUACAAACAAAUCCGUGAAUUAUAUUAUAGCGGAUGAAGAAAAGGUUGAAUUUAUAGAAACCGUUUCACCAAGCCAACAUUACUCUACUGGAAGUGAAGAAAUUAUUUCUGAGGAUGAAAAUCAAGGAGUGUAUAAGUCGCAAGUUGAAAUUUCAGAUGUAGAAGAUGCUGAGAACAAUGGAGGUUUAAUAUCGUCUCGCGUAACUUACGAAAGCGAAGGAUUGGUUACUGAGGAAGCCAUCGAGGAUGACGAGCGAACAAUUGUUGAAGAAAUGGUUAACGAGGCGUUUACAACAAAUGGAGAUACCGGUCCAAUCGAAGAUUACGGUGUUUUAAGAAGUAAUUCUUACAUACCCAAGCCUAAUGAAUUCUAUCCUUUAGAUAAGAUGACUGCUGGUUAUGAUUUGCCAGAAAACUUGUUUGAAGAUCUAGGUAGUAGUGCAACUGCUUGCGGUGACUCACUUUCUGUAAAAAGUACUUUUCCAAAUACAAAUACGACAAUAGUUUACAACACGACGAUAGAUCUCUUGAACACGGAAAAAGUUAACCUCGAUAAAACAGUCGUUUCAUCAAUACUCAAGGACGAAAAAAAUGAAGAAACCGUGCACAUAAAUUCAACUGACGUUUCUGCAGCCCGAAGGAGAAGUAAUACUGUAUCAUCAUCUCCUGGGGAAUCGACAAAGAAUGCAAAUUCCAAGUCAACGACGCGAAAUAUAUCACAAGAACUUGUAAUAAAACCGAAAACAAAGGUCUUUGACAAACAUUCAGAGACCUUAUCACAAGAAAUUGUAACGGUCAAUAAGUCCCGAAGUUUAGAGUUGCGAAGAGAUGAGGUCAAAGCGGAAGGCGACUAUAAAGGAGAGCAAGAACAAGAAUUAGAGGUGUUGAAGUCGAUUUAUCCGGAUGAAUUAGAAGAGAUUCUGGAUGGAGAAUUUCGGAUAAUCUCCGAACCAGAAGAACAGGAUAAUUCUGCACCGCUCACCUUGGCGCUGCAUAUAAAAUAUACGCCCACAUAUCCCGAUGAAAUCCCAGAAAUAUCCGUAGAGGUUAUAGAUGGUGAAAUGGAAGAGAGCGAACAUGAAAAAAUUCACUCUGAAUUGAUCCGUGUGGCCCAAGAGUCAAUAGGAAUGGUAGUGGUAUUCACGUUAGCAACAUUACUUAAAGAAUCUUUGACAACACUCGUCAUAGACAGGAAAGAAAAACGAAAAUUUGACGAAGAGGAACGAAUUAAAAAGGAAAUUGAGGCGGAGCAAGUAAAAUUCCAGGGUACCAAAGUAACGGUUGCAUCAUUCCUAGAGUGGAAAGAACAGUUUGAUAAAGAAAUAGAAGAAAAAGAAAGGCUUGCGAAGAGUAUAGCAUCCCUGAAGAAGGAAGAAGCCAAGAAAAAUAAACUUACAGGUCGACAACUAUUUGAACGCGAUGAAACACUCGCCACAUCCGAUGGAAAGUAUAUGGAAGAAGAGGAUGUCACAGUAGAUGUAUCACUAUUUGAACGAGAAGACGAUAUGGAUCUGGAUGAUGAUAGUGAUGAAGAAGAGAACAGUGUACUUGAGCUAGUUAGAAGUAGCGCUGACUAG